AUGUCGAGCCUUGCUGCGCGGCAGCUGGCACAAAUCCAGGCAUCUUUGUCACGGCCAACUCCGCGCUUGCGGGGCGAUCAGCGCGCGGUCGUCGCAUGCUUGCUGCGGCAAGGGGAAGGUCUGGACGUGUUCUUCAUUCUGCGCGCGCAGUCGCAGGGAUCUGGCGCCCGAUGGUCAGGGCAAGUUGGCUUUCCUGGUGGCCAUGUGGAGAAGGGAGAGGAGGACCAUGAUGCGGUUUCACGCGAGUGCCGCGAGGAAGUUGGCCUUCUCUUAGAUGAGCCAGGGACGUACCGGUAUUUGGGUAGCGUUGCUGAGAGAGCAGUUGCUCGUCGCCGUGGAACUUUGGCAGUGGCCUGCCGGAUCUACGAGCAAGUCGUGCCGGCCAGCCCGAAGCAUUUGCAGGCCAGUGAAGUGGCUGCUUGUGGCUGGGUGCCACUGCAAGUUCUCCUGGGCGAUGCAGAGCCAUUGCGGUGGUCGGCGCUACAUGGAGCAGCUGGUGCGAUGUGGGAUGGCUUUCCGCUCCUUGCCCGGCAUUUCUGGCAUCUCCUCAUACUUUUCUGCUCGAGCUAA